AAUUUUGUGGAAGGACGUGCGCAAAAUUAUGAAGGAAAUGAUCAAACGAGCAGAUCGAUAAUUUCGCCAAAUAAUAUGCCCUUUUUGGAUAUAUCUAUGAAGAAGGAUAGUUCAGCGCAUUUAUUAUCGGAUAAUAAACGAGAUCUGAUGCAACAGGAUGUGAAGAGAGCAACGUCAGGUGAAAUAUCUGGUAAAGAGAAAAAAUUUCAUCCUACUGAUCCGCAAUUUUACAAGGAAGCAACGGCUUAUCACGAUAUACUUCGAUUAUUGGGCAAGACAGAAAAACUUCACGUGGAAUACGCGACCGAUGUGUUAUGGACCACGCAGAAUCUAACGGGGUCGUUGCCACCGCUGAUUUUUACAACUACGAAAGUUUCUUUAUCCACGUUAACAUUCUUGCCGUAUUUUACUGAGGCACCAAUUAUUACGACGACAGAAAAUUUUACAACUGAGUCUGUCAUGCUGUUAACUCCAUUUUUAGAAGGUAUGACGGACAUUACUUUGAAAAUUACGAUUCCUGUAGCUACUAUAAUUUCAAUCGAAGAGACGCCCGUGUCGUUAUAUACUGAAAUCGUGACUACAGAAGAAGAAGCUGUGGAAGGUACAUCUCUGGCGACGGAAAUAACGCGAAGUCCGCUUGUUGAAACAACUGUAUCUUUAUAUUUAUAUACAUUAUCAACGGUAUCAUUAUUUGGGACUACAGAAACAGAAUUAACGAUUAAAACUACAACGGAACCAGUUUCGACAUUUUUUGCAACUACAACAAGUCCUCAAACUGUAACAUUAGAAUCUAUUUUUGGCGAAAAUAUAACUUUGUAUAAAGCUGAAAGUACUACUGCAAUCGCACGUUCGUCUACAAUUUUAGAAAAAACGGAAACGAUUUUAAGUACGUCGACGGAAGGUAUGACAACUACUUUAACACCGGAAGACGAGAGUCCAGUGGCGCAGAUUGAGAAAACUAUAACCGCGGAAGAAACAGCUACAGAAAUCCCAACAACUACCGAAACUCUGCCUACUGAAAUUACAAUAACUACAAUAAUUACUACUGAAAUUUCGACCGCAGCUACCGAGAUUCCAACGACUGUAGAAGCUACAACAAUUACGAAAACUUCAAUACCUACUGAAAUUUUGACAACUCUCAAAACUCCAGUUACUAAAGAAAUAACAAGUGCCAAAACUUUAACACCUACUGAAACUCUAACGCCUUUUAAAACUAAAACAACUGCUCAAAUUUUAACGUCCAUAAAAACUACAACAUUUACCGAAAUUCUAACGGUUAAUAAAACUGUAACUGCGGGAACGCCGACAUCUCUCGAAACUCCGACAGCCAGCGAGAUACCACCGACCAGUACAAUUUUAACGACUACAAAAACCUUGGAAACUUUAACAACUACCAAAAUUCCGGUUAAAAAGACUACAAGUACCUUAACGCCAACAAUUAUGGAAAUAUCUACUGAAAGUUUAGGAACUACCGAAAUUUCAGUGAUUACGACUACUUAUGUUACAACUAAAUUUUUUACAACGUCAGAGAGUACAUUAUCCAUACCAACGACCCCGAAAGAAUUUUUUCCAAUGUCAACUCUGACCACUUUUACUACAAUUUUUAUCACGGAAACAACUGAAAGCACUUUAAUUUCUUCGAUAACACCUGUUUCAACAAUUUCCGCUAAAACCGCAGUUCCUACGUUGAAAUUAGCAACGAUAACGCCGCUACAAACGCUGAUUACAAAUACAACGCUAAGUGAAACGCCGUAUACUACAAUUUCUAGCACGUUUUUGACUACGACAAAAGGACCUGUUACAAUAACUUUCAAAACUGCAGUUCCAACCACGUCAUUGAAAAUAAUAACGACAACGCCACUAUCGCUGGCUACAAGUACGAUGCCAGGUGAAACGCCAAAUACUACGCUUUCUACGUUUUUAACAGAAGAGACUACAGCCUCCUCGAUACUUACAACGGCAGCGUCUUCACUCGAGACAUUUCAAACCACGGCUGUAUUGUCAAUUCCUACAACGGUGUCCACGAUCGAAACAGUUCUGACUACAUUAUCCAUCACGGCCGUGAACGCGACAGUUUCCAGUACAACUGCUAGCACAAUCACGACAGAGAUUUUCGAAAGUACAAUAUCAUCGCUUAUAUAUUUUACGGCAACAACGCCAAUCACGACGUCUAUUUUAAUGGAAACUGAAACAACGCUUUAUCAGACUACUUCUACCUCAGUUACUUCAUCUUUUUUAACGGAGACUACCGAAGGCCCGACGUCUCCUAUAAUAGAAUAUAAAGAAACCACAAAAUAUGAAGAAUAUUACUAUGAAAGCACGGAAAAAGAAAUAGUGACAGUUACAAUAAGUACAGCUGAAUUAACAUCGGAAGAACGUACAACUUGGAUUACUGCAAAAGAAAUCACUAUCAUUGAAGAAACAACACCAAUGACAUCUUUUAUCACACCAUUUUUUAUCGAAACGACUACUCCUCUCGAAACAAUUACUUUGCCUACGAUAACUGAAGAGACUUUAUUAAUUGAAAAAAUCGUCACUCCGAUAAUCGAGGAAAUAUCGACAGUUUCGGAAGUUAUACUGAUUUCCACUGAAACAAGUACAAUGUCAGCAAUAGAGACAAGUAUCAGGAGUACCAGUUUUAUACUCACAACAGCCGCGACAACUGCUUCACUUUUGGAAAAAAUUGCUACAGAAAUUACGGAGACAAGCUUGUACUUUGCUACGUUGCCGACUACUGAAAAACCGAAAUAUGCAACGAUUUUAGAAGCUGCAAUCGCCGUGCCGCUUGCUCCAUUUUCCGAAUCUAUUCUAUCGAUAAUAAUUACAUCGGAAACGCCUGUCACUACACCGGAAAUUAUUUCUACAUUACCAGAAAUUGUAUCAGAAGCAUUUACGACUGAAAGUCCAUCGAUAACGUACGUUACAAAAAGUUCCGUGACAUUAUUUAUCGAAACAACGGUUCAUUCCACUGUUGCAAUUUCGAUAGCAACCACUGAAAAAAUGCUAGAAGCCGAGACAGAGUAUUACGUUGCGAAAGAGCCAUUUUACAAAGAGGAAUAUGAGGAGUACGAAGAAUACGAUACUGAAGUGCCGACUGGUAAGUGGUAUGAUUAUGAAUACGAAAGCACGACGGAAAAGGGGACAACUGUAGCGGUAAAAUAUACAAAAUUGCCAAAAGAAAAGGCAACAAGUCCACCUUUCAUUAAAGGUACAACGUCUUCGUAUGAAACAGAAACUUCCGAGUUUACAAGAUACUCGACAGUUUUUGAAACUACAUCUACCACAUUGACUACAUCGACUUAUAUUAAUGUGACUUCAACCGCGGCUACUUCGGAAAUAUUUUAUACCGAAGAAGUUACAUCAACUGCCUUGGAAACGUCCGCAUCGACGUUCGUAUCGACAACAGUUGAAAAUGUAACGACACUUGAAGUGAAAACAAAAUUUACGACGUCCGCUGCAAGCGAAGAGGUAGAAUCGACGACAAUAUCGUUAACUUUUGGUUCUACUGAAGAGUACACGCUCCCCUCUUCGACAACUUUUAAAAUUCCGACGGAGCCGCUUGAAUACCUAACGAUUCCUCCUAAGUACACAGAUUUAGAACGCUUCACGCAUAUAUGGCGCGUUACCUCGCCAAAAUUCACCACAAAACCUAAAGAAAUUCCGGAGAUCGCACUAAAAAAGACUACGGCUUCGGAACGAGUUUCAACAGAGACCGAGGAGACUGCCGUGGAGAAGUUAACUUCCGUCUUCGUCUCAUCGGCAGUAACGACAUUAUCGGAGAGAGAAGCUUUUGUAGCGGGCGUGACGACUAUGAGCACUUCCGAAAUCGAAGGUAUUAUCGAAACCAUUUAUGAAGUUACCACUUCGGCGAUGACGGAAGAGGAAGCUGUUACACGUGUCACGCCGUUUAUCACGACCGAAAUUGAACUUGUAUUUACCACGACGAGCGAAACUGUCGCGCGAGAAGAGAAAGAACAAUUACUGCAACGACUCGAUGAUCUCAGAAAACACGAGAAAGAAAUGGCAGAGAGAGAAGAAUGGCUUAAGGAGAAGGAGAGGCAGUGGGACGUGGAGAAAGAGAAACGAAGGAAAAUGAUGCAGCGUGAAAAAGAGAAAGAAAAAAAUCUUACAACAGCCGGUACAACCGAGGGCUAUAUUACAACUAUUAUCACUACCUCGAUCACAUCUCCUGUCUAUACUGUUGCAAAAAAUUUAACUAUAUCGACUGCGGAGAUUGAAGUCACAUUUUCUAGUCUCGAAAUGUCUACUGCUACGUCGAGUUUAGUCGAAAUUCCAACGGAAACAAUUCCAUUCAGUACCACAGAGGAAAUUACAUUUGUGACAUAUACUACGACACAGAAAACAACCGUAGAAGAAAUUAUAUUUACGACAUACGCUACAGAGGAAACAGUUAUACCUUAUACUACAGAGGAAAUCACACCUAUUAUGUAUAUUACAGAAGAGAUAGAGAAAGUGCAAAUUACGGAAUAUGUAACCUUGGUGCCAUAUGUCACUACAUCUAUCGUAGAAUUAUACAAUAUCAGUUUAGUUUCAAUUGAAACUACGACUCCUUAUACUAUCGAAGAAAUGCAUACUACGAGUUACAUGACUCUUUAUAGCGAACCUUUAUUCGCGUCACCUACCAUUACUAGGCCAAUUACAUUGGUCACCGAAUUUACUUUACCCAUUGCUACAUUAAGUGAAAGAUUUGAGGAGACCAGUUUAGUAACUUUAGUUACAACCCCUACUUGGUACACUACAGAAGAAACAUACACAGAAACUUAUACAGAAAUUUAUAGUAAACCUUUAUUCACUUCACCGGCAUUAGAGUUUACCAGCACAACCAUAUCAUCGACUUUGGCUAUUGGCACUACACAGAUAAAGACGAUUACAGAGAUAAAGUACGACGAGGAAAUAGAAAGAUUGAAAGAAGAACUGCGUGAGAAGGAGCGCGAAUUAGAGGAGAGGAAAAAGAUUUUGCUGGAAAGAGAGGAAAGAUUAGAGAGAGAUAUAAUAGAAUUUGAAAGAUACGUGAAAGAGUUUGAGAAGAAAAAAACGUCAAUUACACCACUCGAGAAAUCGACUGUGCUCACAAGUUUAUCAACGCCAGUGCCACCGACUGAAAAGACCACUACAAAAGCUCAAUUGACGACACAAACUAAAAGAGUAAUCGAGAAGAAAGAAAAUCGGACGACCACGAAGAUGGUAACGUCUCGAUAUACAGAAAUUAAAGAAAUCGAAGAGAAAAAAUGGACAAAGCCUGUUUUUGAAAAAACUGUUACACAAAAAGAAGAAGAUGAAAUAGCGACGAAACGAAUAUGUUUGAAUGUUCUAGAAAAUACAACAAUUCCCUUAGAUAAAAAAAGAAGGAACAUUGUGACUAAAAAAAUCUGUCUGCCGUAUUUUCCCGAAAAAAACAAAGAAUCAGUCGGUCGAUUAAGCAGAAGGCUUCUCGCUUUGCAAAAUACGAAAAAAAUUAGAAGACCGAGAGGGAAUGUUUUAUCAAAUUUUCGGGAUCGUAGAAGGGUGAAAGAGACUACACGUAAGAUCGACAAUCUGCAGCUGUCAUAUCACGAAUGGCUGAGCAACGAAAGCACGAAGCCGCUGCAACACUUUAAAGGUUUCACUAGAAUCUACAAAAAAAUGAGAAAAUUUCGAAAAAAUAUUGCAACUAUUAUUGACACGCAAAGAAAUACGACUAGCGAUUUUCGAGGUAAAACCCCUCUGUAUGAACGUGUUCUUGAACAUCAUGAAAGUUUCUUCCAACCGACCGCAACGUCUACGAUGGACAGUAAGAAAUAUGGAAAGAGAAACACUUUCUUUAGACAUAAUUUGAUUUUUGCAAGAAAAAGUGAUCUUCCUAUUGACGACAAAGCAAAUGUCCGAAAAAGAGACGUUUCACCGAUAGAGAACAAUGCACAAUUUCGGUCAAGGAUAAGUACGGCCAAUAUUUCGAAUAAAAAAACAACAACUGCAAUAGCUGAAAAGAACGGGGCUUACACGGUAAAUGUGCUACAUCUCAAUUACAAUGAGGACAAACAAACGCAUGAAAUAAUAUCUGCUAAACCAGAUGAAGACGAACUAACAGCGAUUUUAUCUGAAUCAAAUGACAUUUAUGUAACUGAAUUUGGGGAAGAUAGAAAAAUUACAACGCCAUACUAUGAGAUUGAAGAAAAAGACGAUGAACUGUCAGACGAAAUGGAGAAAAGAAUGGAAGAGGAUGAUGAAUAUAUCGAGGAUAUGAUAGAAAAUUAUAUGAAUUAUGAGGAACAUGAAACAUCGACACGGACACACGAAAGAUUCUUAGACAGAAGCAAGGAUAAAAGAACGACUGAAAAUGAAAGAGAAUUACUGAAUCAAGCAUGGCCCACCGAGAGAAGUACAACGUAUCAUUUAGGCGGUACUAGAUUUUGGGAACUCGACUUCGUUACGGAACCGUCAGUAUUACGUACGACGACUAAGAAAAGCAAAACCAUCGGCGUAUCGAUCACUAGGACAACCUGUUUCGAUGUUGUCCUUCAAAACGAACGAAAUGACGAAAUAAAGUCUAAUGUAUUUUAUCGUAAACGGAACAUUUAUAACAAUGGGAUGAAGCAGCAUAUUCCUAUUAAAAAGCGAAAUGUCAGUCUUAAAAACGUAACAAGAAAUAAAAUUAAUGCAUUGCGUUACAAGCUAAAAACGAAAUUUUACGAACCCAAGGUGGCGAAAAAAUUGAAACGCAAUUCGCAAAAGUUACACGAAUCAAAUUCUUACAAACGGGCUUUCGAGGAAAAGGAAACGAUACGAUUUAACGAUUUCUGGCGUACCAGCAACAAAGAUUUAAUAACAGCAAAAAGUCGCAAGCUGUGCGUUGUUAAUGCGAAUAAAUUGAAGCGUCAAAUUAUUAAGCAUAAAGAUGUCACAAACAAGCAUAAGAAAAAACAAAAAUCGCAAACAUCACAAAACAUUAAUUUACACAUUCUUCAUAAUACAGACAAUUGUGUCGUGAGUACAAAAAAUAAAUAUCAUAAAACGACGACAAAGUCGCUGAAUCAAGUAAAAAGCACCGCCGAUAAGAAUGAGAAAGUAACGCAUUCCAAAAUGAUCGAUCAUAAAAAUAAAUCAACAUCUGCGUCGCAUGAAAAAAAAAUUCAUAAUUGUUUCAAUUGCAUUUGCGACAUCGUGACUGUAGUUAAUAACAUAAGAUCUCUAUUGGACAGAAAAAACUUUCCAUUAGACGAAAUUAAGACACUUAAUUGCAGCGAAUAUAAAGACAUUCAAGAUAAAAUAGUGAUCUCGAUGGAUGCUGACAUGGAGGAGGCUAGAGAAUUUUCACAACCGCAUUACAACACCGAAUCGCUGAAGGGUCAAAAAUAUAUCAAGCUGGAAGAGCUGGAGGACAACUUCAAAAGCGACUCGGAACUCGAUAGUGAUCACGAUGUCAUCUCAUUGCCCGGUCUCAAUCUCAAUUUACCUUGUAAUCAAGACGGCAAUGGUAUCACGUGGCUGUCAAGUGUUAGCAGACCGAGUUACACGUGGAAAAGAACGGACGGUAUCGCACUCUUCGGUUUCGUAGCGGAGAACGGCGAUUUGGAAUUACGAAACGUGAACGCGAAAGAUACGGGAAACUACACUUGCAUCAUGACAUACAUGAGCCCCGACAACGAGGAGCCCGUGGAGACCGUUUAUGAGAUUCAUUUACAAGUUGUCACGCUGCCGAGGUACAUUGUCCACGGCGAGAAUCGUUAUCGUGUACGAUCUUGCGACGAAGGGGACUUGGACGUGCUGAUAACGUAUCUACCCAUAAAAUUGAACAGCGUUAUAUGCGAAGCGGAUGUCUGCAACGCUUACGUCUUAACGCCUUCUUGCUCCCGAAGUCAAAUUACAAUAAAUAUUCUGCUAGUGCCAUCGCAUAUUAUUAAAUUGAUGACGAUCGACCCCAAGCAUUGUAACGUUUUCUGUCUUAAAGCCAUUCAAGAUAAACUCUCGCUGAUACUGAGUAAAAAUUUGCAAAUCUUCCUCGGGAAGACUAUUAUUUUCAGAUUGCCGCAUUACGAGCAGAGACUGGUGCCGAUCGUCGAAAAGUCAUCGUUCGCGAGACGGAAGAGAGGGAAGACCGAUGCAAACGCGUUCGCCGGAAGGUCCAGCAAUAUCGGUUUGUUCUCCAGCUGUCCAGCGGGAUAUGGUCUUCGUGAAACACGUUGUGUUCCUUGUAAUGUGGGCACUUAUAGCGAGGACGGAAUAUCGCAUUGUAAAAGAUGUCCGCCCGGCACAUUUCAGCCGAAUCACGGCGCCAGAGUUUGUCGCACGUGCACUAAUCCAAUGACGAAAGGCUGCUACAAUAUGCUCUGGAAUUCUUUCUCCGCUGUAAUGGUAACUCUGGCGAGUGUUGGCGCGAUGCUGUCGAUAUGUUUGCUAUUAGUAUGGAUAAUUUGCUGCGCUAAAAAGAAAUUCUUCGUAAAGCGAAUAGCUGGUCUUACUGUGAAGCAAGACAUGUUUGAAGAGAAACACCCGAUGGAGGAGCAACCGUUGAUUAAGGACGCGAGUGAAAACGAAGAUCAGCAAUGGGAUAGCGAGUAUAUAGUCAAGAAAAAGAAGGGAAAGUUUCAUGUAAAUAAGAAACGCCGAAAACAGAAUGAAAGCAGGAAAUACGACAAGGCGCACCUACACGAAGAUGAAUGGGGAUCGCAUCGUAUAAAGAAUGCUCCAGUUAUUAGCCCAGACUCCUAUCGGUCUCACGAAGAUUAUAACAACCAUUAUCUAAAGCGGUCGCAUCGUAAGGGACCGCGGUUGCCAGAAUGUGAUUUUGAUACGUGACAAAAGAUGCACACGUGUAUAAGAAAACGUACUGCGAGUAGCACGGAAGAGAAUUGUGUAGUCUAAGAGAAGCUUGUAAGAUAUUUUAGGCUCGAUUAUUAAUUGAAAGACUAUGCAACAUUUAUCCAGUGUUGCAUACAUAUUUACUUUUAAGAUAUAACUAUAUCUAUCAAAUAGCACAUUAAUUAUAUCCAUUGUAUUGGAGAUAAAACGUUAUAAAUAAAUGUUGUAUGCGUAAUACACGAUCGUAAAACAUUUUGAGACAUUAUUGUUUAUGAUUAUAUAAUUGUAUUUCUAAAAAUAUCACUUAUUCUUUAUAUAUCUUAUCUAAUUAUCUACAAAUUCUUUUUAUCACUCAAACCAUCAAUGACUAUCUUUUCAAUAUUUUAGAUGAAUGAUUAUUGAUGACUUCCCAGACAGUACGAAUGUCCAAAAUCAAAACAUCUUAAUAAGACAUCUACUAAAAAAUAAGAAAUCUAAAAAAAUAAUUAAUAAACCAAAUAAAUCUUAUGUCCUGAUAGAUAUACAUUGGACAUAGUGCUGUCUGGGUUGCAUAGAAAGUAGGAAAGAAAACAAAAAUAAUUAGCAAAUAAAAUUUAAAUACCUGAUUGUACUCCAGAUGAAUUAUUACUAAGUAGGAUUACAAGUUCACAACGGAGAAAAAUGAUAUAACAACUUUAAUAAGCUUCUACAUCUGAUAGACAUUUGGAUGUUGA